GCGCGUACUGCAAAUUCAUUUUUAUCAGAAAGCAAUCAACUUCAAGUGUUAGAACAGCUGCUCCAACAGUCUCCAAACCACACACAACAAAAUGUUUGCCAAGUUGUUCAUCAUCGCCCUUGUCGUUGUCUGCGCUUCGGCUGGAUAUCCACUUCCUAGAGGCCGCUCUCUUGAGUUCCCGGUGGCCUACACUGCAAGUGCUGUGUCCCCCGUUGCCUACAGCGCUCCAGUUACCUCGUACUCGACCUACUCCGGCUCUCCAGUCACCUACUCGACGUACUCCGGCAGCCCCCUAGCCUAUAGUGCCUACAGUGUCCCAGCACUGAGAUCUUCAUUGUAUUACAAUUAACGUGUCGUCGAAAUCGUCUAAGGAACGCGAUAGAACCUCACUCCGUAUGAAACACACUGGAAACGAUUUCUUGUAACAUUCUGUACAAUAAAUUGGCUGGAAUUUCUUUCAACUCUUA